GAGCCGAAAUGGAAGUCCAGGUUCUCUUCACGUAAAAAAGACUGGGACCCACUUGCCCUGCUUAAACCCUCUCAAUGUCUCUCUUCCUCUCUGUCUGUCUCUGUUCAAAGCGUCAAGCUUUGGUUUUUUUUUUUUUUUUUGGUUGAUUUUGACACAUUUUCUUUCUUUCUUUCUUUCCCACUCUGCAUUUUCUUUGCUCUGCCGUCCAUCUGUCACUUCCGUGGCUCUGUACCUCGUAGACUCAAAUAUAGAUGGACAGAGGAUUGAAAAUAAUGGAAACUUUAACCAGCUUUGUCUGAAGAAGUCUUUAUCAUCUUCUUCUAAAGAGUUUUGGUCUGGAGGAUUUUUUUGGGGGGUUCUUCAGAAUUGAUGUGGUAUGGUGGAUUGGUUUGCUGAGAAAGUUGAAAUUUAGCUAUCAUGCUUUGGUUUUGAUUAGUGGAAGAGUCACGAGGUGGUAAAGAGGCCAAACGCCUUCGGAGAUUUAUGCAAUUUUGUGAAUGUUGAAUACAAUUUCUGGUUAGAGAAAAGGAAAAGAGUAUUAUUGUUUUGAGUGGCUGGGUAUGUUAGAUCUUAAAUCCGGCAGAUGGGGAUAGCACUUCCAAAGAAACCAGAUGGGUAUUUCAGAUCUUGGAAGAUGGCAGAUUGUUUUCUGGAAAUAUUCAGUGCUGAUGGGCGUUUCACAGAAGACUUCGGGUUGAGGAAAUGAGAAUUCAACUUGGGUAUUUGUCUUCACCUUUUGUUUUCUUACCAACUUCACCUUUUUAUGGGUAUUCAGAGAUGCAAACUUUCAAUAAAAGAAAUGGUUUACACAGCUAAAUCUAAUCACUUGGGUGCAAUGUUGAGAGCAUCGGCUUUUGGAUUUAUGAUCUCUUACCUGAUUAUUUCUGUUAGCUUUUCCAUAAUGAACUCGCUAAGUUGUAAUUGUGAUGAUGAGGGUCUCUGGGGCAUACAGAGCAUUCUAGAGUGCCAAAGAGUGAGUGAUUUCUUGAUUGCGGUAGCAUAUUUUUCGAUUCCCAUUGAACUCCUUUACUUUAUCAGUUGCUCUAACGUUCCCUUCAAAUGGGUACUCCUUCAGUUUAUUGCAUUCAUAGUUCUAUGUGGAUUGACCCAUUUGCUCAACGGAUGGACUUAUUAUGGCCCCCAUUCAUUCCAGUUGAUGCUUUCUCUCACCAUUGCCAAAUUCCUCACAGCCUUGGUCUCUUGUGCAACUGCCAUAACCCUUUUAACUUUGAUCCCUCUUCUUCUCAAAGUAAAAGUGAGAGAGCUUUUCUUGAAGCAAAAUGUGUUGGAAUUAGACCAGGAAGUUGGGAUGAUGAAGAGAAAGAAACAAGCUAGCUUGCAUGUUCGAAUGCUGACACGAGAAAUUCGAAAGUCACUUGAUAGACAUACCAUAUUGUAUACAACUCUGGUUGAGCUUUCCAAGACACUGGACUUGUACAACUGUGCAGUUUGGAUGCCAAAUGAGAAAAGAACAGAGAUGAACCUGACCCAUGAGUUGAAAUCAGGAUAUUCAAACAGUUUCCACCGUUCUAUACCUAUCAAUGACCCUGAUGUCUUAGAGAUAAGAGAGAGCAAUGGGGUGAGGAUUCUUCGGCCUGAAUCAGCACUUGCAGCUGCAAGCAGUGGUGAUUCUGGAGAGUCAGGUGCUGUGGCAGCAAUUCGAAUGCCUAUGCUUCGUGUUUCAAACUUCAAAGGGGGUACCCCGGAGUUGGUUGAUCCUUGUUAUGCUAUACUGGUUUUGGUUCUUCCUUGUGCAAAUUCUAGAAUCUGGAGCUGUCAUGAAAUGGAGAUCGUGGAAGUGGUCGCGGACCAGGUGGCUGUGGCUCUGUCUCAUGCUGAUGUCCUUGAAGAGUCCCAGCUAAUGAGAGAGAAACUGGGUGAGCAAAAUCGUGUACUGCAACAGGCUAGGAAGAACGCAAUGAUGGCCAGCCAAGCAAGAAACUCAUUUCAGAAGGUGAUGAGUCAUGGAAUGAGAAGGCCAAUGCAUUCAAUCUUGGGUUUGCUUUCAAUGUUUCAGGAUGAAAGUUUGACCAGUGACAAGAAGACUAUUGUAGACACAAUGGUUAAGACCAGCAAUGUCCUGUCAACUCUGGUUAAUGAUGUGAUGGAGAUUUCAGCAAAAGAUAAUGGGAAUUUCUUAUUGGAUAUGAGGCCUUUUCAACUACAUUCAAUGAUAAAGGAAGCUGCUUGCCUUGCCAAGUGCUUGUGUGUGUAUAAUGGCUUUGGUUUUGAAAUUAAUAUUCAGACCUCGUUACCUAAUCAGGUGAUAGGUGAUGAAAGAAGGACUUUUCAAGUAAUUUUGCAUAUGGUUGGAUAUUUAUUAGGUGUCUAUAAUGGAGGGGGAUCUGUCAUCUUCCGGGUUUUCUCCCAAAAUGGUAGUGAAGGGAGGGAUGAUAAGUCGCUGGGACUGUGGAGAUCAAGCAUACAAGAUGAGUACAUAUGUAUAAAGUUUGAGUUUGAAAUUAGCAAAGGAAGUCCUCAGGUGGAUGGAUCAAUCUCUGACACACUAUAUGCUGGUAGGAGGCACGAUGGCAAUGAAAUUAAGGAGGGCCUUAGCUUCAGCAUGUGCAAAAAGCUUGUGCAAAUGAUGCAGGGUAAUAUCUGGACUUCUGUAAACCCACUAGGUCUUGUACAAAGCAUGACACUUGUUCUCAGGUUUCGGAUCCGACCAUCUUUUGGAAGAAACAUUUUUCUCCCUGGAACUUCAAUAGACCAGCCAAAGCCCAUCACACAGUUCAGAGGCCUCCGGGUUGUACUUGCUGAUGAUGACGAUAUAAACAGGAUGGUGACCAAGAAGCUGCUUGAGAAGCUUAAUUGUCAAGUACUAGCUGUUUCUUCUGGGUUUGAAUGUCUUAGUGCUCUCACUGCAGCUGAAAAUCCCUACCGCAUUGUUCUUCUUGAUCUUCACAUGCCUGAAAUGGAUGGUUUUGAAGUGGCAAAGAGAAUCCGGAAAUUCCACAGCCGUAAUUGGCCUCUGAUAAUUGCACUGACAGCAAGCGCGGAGGAGCAUGCAUGGGAGAGAUGUCUACAAAUGGGAAUGAACGGAUUGAUUCGAAAACCUGUUCUCUUACAAGGAAUGGCAGAAGAACUCCAGAGAGUCCUUCAACGAGCAAGUGAAGUUUUAUAAAAGAGGAAGUCAGUCUUGCAGUUUCAAGUGGCAUUACAAAUUUCUGCCAAAUGUUUUUUCGAGGAUCUCAAAAGAGCAGGCCGUUAGGAAGAAAUCGCACUCAAAGAUGUUAAAAUCUUAGUAUUCAGUUGCGCAAUAUAGCUGCCAGUUUCUUCUAAAUGCUUAACCAUUUUGGGUGAUCAAGCAAAAUAUGAGAAAUAUAAAUAUCAUAUUUCACUUGGCCAAAUGAUAGCUGCAGGAAAUUUCAAAAUGAUAAAUAAAAACAAAGAUUAAACCAUGUAGACCGACUUGAGGAAAAGUCUUUGGACUUGGGAAAUGUACAUCUUUUUAACAUUACAACUACUUUGUUAUGAAGCUAGGAAAAUGGUACAUCAAAAUCAAUUGUGAAUUUCAUUUUCAUUUAUGAGAAAGUUGAAGCUCUUAUCAUAUCA